AUGGCCAACACAGUGGAGAGCGGCUUCGUGAGGGCUAACCUGAAUGGAAUUCACUUCUACAGCUGCUAUGCUCCACCUAGCCUGUUCAUCGACGAGUUCGCAGACUCCCGGGACCGACUCCCCGAGGCCGCGAAGCAGCACUUCCUCAUCGCAAUCGCUGGGGACUUCAACGCCUGGAUAGUCGACUGGAGCAGCAAGGAGAAAACCACGAGGGGUCAAACACUACUGGAGGCCAUGUCUUUUUUGGAUGUGGUACUGCUGAACAGUGGCGAAGAACCAACUUUCGAGAGAGAAGGGGCUAGUUCAAUCGUGGACCGCACCGUCGUAAGCAGCAGCCUUACUCGGGGCAGCGGCAACUGGGAGGUGUUGAAUAUCUUCACCGCCAGCGACCAUCACGAGAUCAUUUGGGAAGUAUCCACUAUUCGGAAGACUGGACCAGCACCCAGCAGACCAACGCGGUUGGAUGGAAGUCGAAGGCCUUCGUCUUCAACUCAUUCCGUGAAGUAUUCGACGAUCGCCCGAUUCGAGGAAGCAAUGCCACAGAGAAAGUGCGAGAAGUUAUGUGUAGACUCACUGAAGCCUGCGAUGCAACUAUGCCCCGGAAGCGUAGUGCAAGGAAGCACUCAUCGGUGUACUGGUGGAACAACGAUAUCGCCACCCUUCGAAACGCUUGCAUUCGAGCGAGAAGGCAGGCACAAUGAGGCCGGAAGAAGCCCCGAGGCCGAGGAACUGGAGACCAAGUAUGAGGAGGCACGCCUGACACUCAAUAAGGCGAUCAAAGGAAGCAACAGACAGUGCUGGAAUGAGCUCCUUGACGAAGUCGAAGCGGAUCCAUGGGGGCGACCCUACGGUAUUGUCGCGGUUCUGUUCCCACAACAACCGGAGCUUGACUUCUUCACUGAAAAGUGCGAUGUAGACGCGAUCCCACCAGUGACACUUGAGCAGCUGCUGGAAGCCUGUGGCAGAUUUGGGAAUGCCAAGGCACCAGGAAUGGAUGGAAUCCCGAACAUCGUCCUGAAGGUAGCAAUCAACGUAGCACCAGGAGCCUUCCUGAAUGUCUACAAUGGGUAUCUUGAGCAGGGGAUUUUCCCAACAAAGUGGAAGCAGCAGUGA